AUUGGAUCUUAGCAGACAGCCCAGACGACUCAUACGUUAGUAUGCACUAUCUGCCUGCCUACAUAUAAUACGGAUCCCUUCCUGUUUUCCUUCUUUCCAUCCCCUUCUUCCUCCGCUUGCCUCUUUCUGCCUCUUUGUGUCUUCGUGCCACAUUCACCUUUGCUUCGUGUCAUUCACAUCACAUUCUUCAUCAACUCCAAACUUAGCACUCAAAAGGCAAUCCAAGCGCUACGUAUGCAUACAUAAAAGAGUUCACGCUCAGCUGACCCUCCUCUUCAACGACGGGUUUUCCGCCGAUACCACUAUCUUGGCCUGUUCUAUUCCCGCCUCGUCCGUUCCGUUGGCCAGAAAACCCUCAACGUCUGCCACAUCGUUUAUCGUCCACUCAUCAAUAACUCUUUUUGUCCACUCGCUCUGUAUCUGAGUGUGCCUCAGCCUCGCCGAUUCCCUCUCAUCGAAUUCACGGCAUUAGGUUUCACGAUAACAGACUCCAUCGAAUCAAGUCUUGAUCUGAAAACGUACAGCCUCGUUUUCGGUCAAUAUACUCAUCCCGAAAAGUUAAUUCACGCUCAACUCAGGCAUCUAUCAGCCAAAGCUGCCUAAAGUUUCCACUUCAUGUUCUAAUCUUAUAUAUCCUUCCCUCCACUUCUCCUUAUUCUGCCUCCUUCGACAGCCUUAUCUCCACCGCCACACGCCACUUACUCUCCUCUCCCCUUGACAUCAAUCAAGUCUAUCCACGAUGGCUCCCAACAGCGAGAACGCCAUGGCCCGGUUUCUUCUAGCCAUUUUGAACCAGAAGAACCUUAAAGAUAUCGACUGGAAUCAAGUCGCCUCAGACCCUGUUCUCAUCGAACCCAUCACAAAUGGACAUGCCGCAAGGAUGCGCUUUGCUCGUUUCAAAACCACAGUCCUUGGCACUCAACCACAGAAGAGAGCUCGUCCUGCCAACCCCACAGACAAGUCUCGGGUGACAAAGGCAAGGAAGACACAACAGCCAAAGAAGAACAGCAUCGGAAACUCCGAGUCAGGUUCGAGCGUCUCAUCGUAUGCUCAGGUUCGCCAGAGCCCUAUCAUCAAGCAAGAACAGAACCAACAUGCAUACAUGGCACAGUUCUCCCCCGCCUCGACUUCCUCCCCUUUCCUCAACGACAACUUGGACGACUUUGGUUGCAGUUCUCGAUUCCUCACCCCUUGCAGUGAUGACAUGCAACAAGGCCUCUCCAUAAACCCUGCUUCACUCGAAGACACCAGACAGCGAAAUGGAUUUGGUCCUUCGAUGGAUUGCCCCCCUGACUUCAUGGCCCAACCAGCGAUCCAUGACUUCAUGACCAUGGGCCAGUCCCAUUUUCAUACGUUUGACGCCGCCUGUAAUGAGACAUCUUACAACUCAGCUCUCGGCGAUGCACAGAGCCCAGCUGCCCUCGACCUCAACGGCGCCCCUUCCAUGGCAGAUUGCAGCUCUGAAUGGCCUGACCAUUUCAACGACACCUCUUUUUAAUACCCACACGGAAAGCAUGGAAACCCCACGGAUAGAGGGUUACUUGUGUACAAAACGGUGAUUUGCUAGACUGCGUUUGCUUUAUGAAUUGAUGACAAUUGCUUAUUCGAUAUGGUUGCUUUCCCUAUGUCCUUCUGUCAGGGUUCUACUUUACACAAUUUCCAACUUUGGUCCAUCAAAGACAAUUAUCACAAGUCUCUACUGGGAUCAACAUCAUUUCAAGGAUGAAAAGACUGCCAGUUACUGGAAGACUGCUUUGCUGAAACUUAUAUAUUGCUCUGGAAGUUGUACAAUAGCGUUUUACUCACAGUCUAAUUGAGAGAAUCGUUUAUCGAUUCCUACACAGCAUGUGCCCAUAUUAUAUAAUAUUGAUCAAUAAUAUUGAUCAUGCCAGUUACAUACAAGUGUAGUGAUAUUGGGAUUUUGAUUUGGCAGAGGCUUGUAAAUCUGAUUUACACUUGGCAGUG